GGGCACGCAACCAGACUAGGACAAUUCCGGAUUGUCACACGUCAACCUAGUAAAAACAAUGGAUUAGAUGUAGUUUUCUCAUGAAUGUUGUUAUCAUUCACUAAGAAUCUGAUUCAUGUUUCCUAUGGCUAGGAUAUACCUGCGUCUGCCACAAUGGAACCUUCUCACAACAAGACAGAUGGCAAUCCUCUCCGCAGCCCUCAUUCUCAUCAUCAUUCUCAUAAUCCUCUUAAUUUCUUCAUUUUUCCUGGAUGAUCCUGAAACCACAUCUCACAAUCGUCACUUUCUUCCAACUGUAAACUAUGGCAAAAAGGAUCCAGAUCUUCAGUUCUUCAACUACGGGCCGAACGUUCACUAUGGGAUAGUUCUAGACUGUGGUAGCAGUGGCACAAGAGUUUAUGUCUACAUUUGGCCUCCACAUUCAGGAAACCCAUCAGACUUGCUGAGUAUUCAACAGCUCAAAGAUCAAAACAAUCAACCUGUGGUGAAAAAGGUUACCCCAGGUUUGGACACAUUUGAGGACAAUCCCGAGGAGGCAAGUGAAUACCUUGAGCCCCUGUUGAACUAUGCGGGCUCAUUCAUUCCCCGCGACCAACACAAGGAGACCCUGCUAUACAUACUGGCUACAGCUGGCAUGAGAUUGCUACCUGAGGAGUCUCAGAAUGCCAUACUACAGGACUUACAGCGAGACAUACCAAAGAAAUAUGAUUUUGUGGUGUCGGAGAACAACUUUGAGGUGAUAAGCGGGAAGCAGGAGGGUGUCUAUGCAUGGAUAGCGGCCAACUAUGCCCUCCAGAAGUUCAAACACGGGGAUGAGGAUAGAUAUGACCACCCAUUGGUUGCAGUGGAUGUCCUAGGAGAGAACGGGGAUGUGACGCAGCAUGUACGCCGAAGGACGGUCGGAAUGAUGGACAUGGGCGGGGGAUCAAUGCAGAUCGCAUAUGAGAUCACUGCUAAUGUGGACGCAAUUCCGAAACAUCUGAUUGCGGAGUUCAGCCUGGGGUGUUUGGCCUACGAUAGGGAACAUACAUACAGGGUGUAUGUCACUACAUUUCUAGGGUAUGGGGCAAACGAGGCUAGGACGAGAUAUGAACAGCUUCUUGUAUCUAAAAUCAAGGACAGUCAAAAAACCAAAGAUAUUAACAAGGUUAUGGUGGCGGGCACUGCUAUGGAUGGGAAACAUUCAGUGCAGAAAAGAUCGGCCAUUAGGGAUCAAUCUAGGAUGAAUGGACCAGAAAGAGUGGCAAAACAACUAUUCAAGAAAUCAGUAAAAAAUCCGCACCAAAUUGCCCCACCCAAAGAAAUGUUAGCACCAGCAGUCGGACAUGCCGGGAUUCCACAGGCAGGUUACGUGCCUGCUUCAGACACAGCUAUGCAGAACAGGGGUAAUGGUUGGCAAGAUAGUGAUAAAAGUCCACAGAAUAUCGAUUUAACAAGAAACUUACAAUCACCUGAUAAAAGUUUACAAAGAAAUAAGUUACCAUCAGAUUAUAGUCAGAGGGGAAAUGACAUUAAAAUAACAAAAGAAAAAGAAGAAAAGAUUGUUGAGGGGGACACAGCAGUAGGAAAUUUAGUGCGAGGUAACAUAGAGGGAGGUAAUGUAAUACGCAGCAGUGUACAAGUGCCUGUGGUAAAUAAGGGACAUGAUAUUUUACAAGUGCCUGUGGUGAAUAAGGGACAAGAUGUUUUACAAGCACCUGUGGUUAAUAAGGGACUAGAUAUUGUUCAAGCACCUGUGGUAAAUAAUGAACAUAUGUUACCAAAUAUUCCCCAGAAGGAAGACAAUAAAGAAAUCAAAAGGCAACAAACACAACGUGACAUUCCUAAAGAUCCAAGAGAUCAAAGUGACAAGCCUGAUAUCCCUCCAUCCCAUGGGGUCCUAGUUUUUGACCCCUUCAAAAACAUAGCUGACCCAUGUCUGCAGGUCGGACUUACCUUGCCAGCCCGUGACCUUGAGGAUCUUCACCUUGACCCCAAGGUAAAAAAUGUGACCUUUGCGGGCACAGGCAACUAUGAAGAGUGUAAAAGACUUCUUGAACCAUUGUUGAAUCAAAGUAAAGCAUGUAGUGUGUCUCCAUGUUCUAUGAAUGGUGUACACCAGCCUACUAUAUCUUACCAUAAUACCCAGUUCUAUGGGUUCUCUGAGUUUUGGUACACCAUGGAGGAUGUGUUCAGAAUUGGCGGGCUCUAUGAAUCAGAAAUAUUCGAGACUCAUGCAAAGGAUUUUUGCUCCAAGAAGUGGUCUUUUCUACAAAGUCAGCACAAGAAAGACUUGUAUCCAAAGGCGGAUGCCGAGAGAUUCAGGAUGGAGUGUUUCAAGUCAGCGUGGAUGACUACGGUGCUCCAUAAGGGCCUCAAUUUCCCGGAGAACUACAAGGGCCUACACUCUGCACAGUUUAUACACAACCGGGAUGUACAGUGGACCCUCGGGGCCCUCAUUCACAGGACCAGAUAUCUACCUCUCAGGGAAAUUCAAGAUCGUCAGCAGGCGAAAUUCAAACCAUCGUGGAUGAAUUCUUCUCAUAUCUUGUAUAACGAGUAUCUGUUACUCGUGUGUUUCCUUAUCGUUGUUAUGGCGAUCAUAGUGUACAUGCGUAGACUGCGUUUGUGUUCUCAGAAAGCCGGGCGGUCAGACUUAAAGCAGGUACCGUCGAUGUCGUACUUCAUGACAGACAUGGACCAGGUGGAAUCAGGCGUCAGACUUCUAGAUAAUUAUACUUACCCAGACAGAUGACAAUGUCAGGGCCUUAUUUUUUAGGGAAUUAUUUUAUGAAAUGUUGAAAUAAUAACUAACUGAAUUAAGAAACUGGGCAUGCAGUACAAUAUUAUUAUUAUGACAAUUAAAGGGGUUAGACUCCAGAUUGUCCAAAAAUCGGCAAAAACAUUAUUUCCACGAGACAAGCCUAGAAUUAUCAAUACAAGCUACAUGUAGUAUGACACUGAUAAUACAUAGUUUUACAUGAUUUAAAGAAUAUUUUGUGUGGUGUCCAGCUGAGUUAACCUGUUUAAAAAUUGCGCAUAAUGGUUUACCAUUUUAUAGUGCGAAUAUUGCCAUUUUCAAAGUUACGUGAUUAGCACAGAUACAUAUAUCAGUGUUAAUUUAUUUUUUGUUAAAUGUUUUCUUGUCAGUAGUGUUUCAAUGUUCUACACUCAUAAUCCGAUAAUAAAAUCAAUUAUGCAAUUCAUUCCUUAAUUGAAGUGAUCAAUAUGCAAUCACCCAUGGAAUUGAUUUCAAUUUAUACAAAGUUCAUGCACAGGUUUUUCAUUCUCAUACAUCAGAGGUUUGAUAAUGAUAAAUCUAACUGUUGUGCGCAAAGCAUCAUCGCUCUUGUGUACGAGAAUGAAGUUUGUAUGCAUAGUUUCUUUUUCCUGCUACUAUAUAAAUGAAGAUUUUUAUAAUAUGUAUGGAGUAAAUUUUACUUUGGCUUCAAUUUCUGCUCAGUUGUAUCUUUUAUUGUUGAUGAACUUGAAUGAAAAACUUUAUACAUUCAAAGAUGACUGAAAUGAUGAAUUGUUGAUGAAGUUGAUACUUAAAAUAUCUGUUAUGUGUUUCCGGUCCGGGUAAAAAAUCUUACCUGAGGGCAGCUGCGUUGCCAGGUUAUGAGGCUUGCCGAGUAACUGGCUAUGCAUUAGCACGCGGGGUCGCUUAUUCAAUUCGGACUGGACACACAUUUCUAUUUUGUUCUAGAAUUCCUUAAAUAUAUUUUUUUGUAAAAAAAGACAUAGAAUUUUGUUUGUACAUUUCACGAAAUGACGUGCAAUGAUGUUUACUGAUGUCAUGAAGCGCAGUAGUUUUUAUUCACUGCAUACAUCAAGAAUUUCCUUCAAUAUAACAUCUUUUAAUUUUUUUCCAGCAUAGCUGAAUUCACUGGAAAUGUCUAUCCGGUUGGCUAUAAAUUCAAAGAAAGCAUGUUAAAUUGUAGAUAAAUUUGAUACAUUCAAGGAUGACUUACAUGUACAAUUGUUGAUCAAGUUGAUACAUUCAAAGAUUACUAACAUGUACAUGUAUUAUUGAAGUUGUUACCUUCAAAAAUGACUAACAUGUACAAUUGUUGAUCAAGUUGAUACAUUCAAAGAUACUAACAUGUACACGUAUUAUUGAAGUUGUUACCUUCAAAAAUGACUUACAUGACUUAUUGUACAAUUGUUGAUAAACUUGAUAAUUAUGGUAAGACUUCGUAAGACUUUUAGUUCACCGCACAAUGCUUGCCAACAUGAGAGUUUGUGAUAUCAGUAUUAAACAAACUUACAGAUUUUAUAUUGGAAAUUAUUUUUUAAAACUUGUUGAAAUUUAAUUAUUUUUCUAUCUUUUAUGAACAAAUAUGAAAAGUACCGGUAAGUGGCUGAAAAAUAUUUUAACAGAAUUUUGUAAAUACAAGCCUUAAAUGAUUCUAUUUUCAAAAGGGUUUCUAAGCUUUUUGGCAAAAUAGAGCAUUUUCUGUCACAUUUUGAAAUAGUUGUGAACAUUAAAGCUAGAAUAUAAAUAUU